AAUACAUUUCAACAAAAAAAAAAUAGUGAUGCAUGUAAGCGUGAAAUAUUCAACAUUAAAAUAGAUACUAGUAAAAAGAAAACGAACAAAGUAUCUGCUGUUCAGUCACAGCUCCUCCUACACUUGCAUCGAAUCCCUUUAAUUUUAUCUCGUACACCACACUUUUUCAUUGUUUCCCACUACACUCUCUCUCCACUCCCACACUCCCCUAUACUAUACCACUCCCCCUCUUUAAAGAAAACCAAGCUCAAACUCUGCUACUUCAAAAUACUAUACCAACAUACCAAAACCUCCAAACUAAUGGAUGAAAGGCUAGAAACUGAACUUAUUUCAAUCCCGGCAACACCGCGGGCAACAUCAACACCAGAGAUACUAACACCCACCGGACAACGCUCUCCGAGGCCACCAACUGCGGGUGGUGCGGCGGCGAAAGAGUCAAAGUCUGCAGCAUGGACACCAACUUCAUUUAUUUCACCAAGGUUUUUAAGUCCUAUUGGAACACCCAUGAAAAGGGUGUUAGUUAAUAUGAAAGGUUAUUUAGAAGAAGUUGGUCAUUUAACUAAGCUUAACCCACAAGAUGCUUGGCUUCCUAUUACUGAGUCCAGAAAUGGUAAUGCUCAUUACGCUGCGUUUCAUAACCUUAAUGCUGGUGUUGGGUUUCAAGCUCUUGUUCUUCCUGUUGCCUUCUCUUUUCUUGGAUGGGGUUGGGGUAUAUUUGCAUUGACCAUAGCCUACUUUUGGCAACUCUACACGCUGUGGAUUCUAGUUCAGCUACAUGAAGCCGUGCCUGGGAAAAGAUAUAAUAGAUACGUUGAACUGGCAGAAGCUGCAUUUGGGAAAAAGCUUGGUGUAUGGCUUGCACUCUUUCCAACUGUAUAUUUGUCUGCUGGAACUGCAACUGCUCUGAUACUGGUCGGAGGGGAGACAAUGAAACUUUUUUUCGAAAUAGUUUGUGGACCACUUUGCUCAUCAAAUCCUCUGACUACAGUUGAAUGGUACCUGGUUUUCACUUCAUUGUGCAUCGUUCUAUCUCAGCUUCCAAAUCUUAAUUCAAUAGCUGGACUCUCGCUUGUUGGGGCAGUCACUGCUAUCACCUAUUCUACCAUGGUUUGGGUGCUUUCCGUAAGUCAACGUAGGCCACCACAAAUCUCGUAUGAGCCAGUCUCAUUUCCAUCUCCAACAGCUUCCUUGUUUUCAGUUCUCAAUGCUCUUGGAAUAAUAGCCUUUGCAUUCAGGGGCCACAAUUUAGUCUUGGAGAUCCAGGCUACAAUGCCAUCAACGUUUAAGAAUCCAGCUCAUGUACCAAUGUGGAAGGGAGCUAAAGUUGCGUAUUUUUUCAUUGCCAUGUGCCUCUUUCCCAUAGCAAUUGGAGGAUAUUGGGCGUACGGGAACCUUAUGCCUUCAGGGGGGAUGCUCACUGCUAUAUAUGCAUUCCAUAGUCAUGACAUUGCUCGAGGACUACUAGCAAUGACUUUCCUUUUGGUCGUAUUCAGUUGCUUGAGCAGCUUCCAGAUAUACUCCAUGCCUGUUUUUGACAGCUUCGAAGCCAGCUAUACAAGCAGGACUAAUCGCCCAUGCUCAGUAUGGGUUAGGUCCAGUUUCAGAGUUUUCUACGGAUUUGUCAAUCUCCUUAUAGGUGUGGCAUUCCCCUUCCUAUCAAGCCUUGCUGGCUUGUUGGGAGGGCUCACUCUCCCUGUCACAUUUGCUUAUCCUUGCUUCAUGUGGGUGCUCCUUAAGCAGCCCCCGAAACACAGUUGCAGUUGGUAUUUGAACUGGAUCCUAGGAUGGAUUGGAAUUGCUUUCAGCCUCGCGUUUUCGAUUGGAGGAAUUUGGAGCAUUGUUACUAGUGGACUCAAGUUGAAGUUCUUUAAGCCAAACUAAUAGUAGGACUUACCAACUGCUAUAUUUGUACGCCACAAGGAGGCAGACAACGCUGUUUUGUUUCUUGAUAACUUGUGUAAUAUGUAAAUUUUGAGGAUGCUUUUGAUUUAUUUUUGCUUUUAUAUAAUUAAGGUUUUUUCACAUUAUGUCUA